AAUCACACAGAUUUGUACAAAUUUUUCACAUUUAUAAGUUGGCUUUUAUUUGAGGAGCAUGCAAGGAAGUGGUCAAGAUUCAUACCCGAACUUUUUUCAACAAGUCAAAUUAUUGAGACCAGAUGGUUUGUGAAAUGAUAUAAAAUAGUAACGAUCUUGAUCAAUUUCUUCGACAAUCAUGAGUUGCCAAUACGGGGAUCUCCAUACCCUUGGUAUUUUGUCCUAUCCAGUCACUAAAACUACAAACGUUUGCUGCCAGUUUACGGCUUGCAUCAAUCCGAUAAUCAUGAACACAUACUUGUUACGAUGUUCUUAACCACUUCCUUGCAUACUUAAACUCAAUUCAUAGCUUAGACAUGCCUACUAUAUAUAUAUAUAUAUAUAUAUAUAUAUAUAUAUAUAUAUAUAUAUAUAUAUAUAUAUAUAUAUAUAUUUAUUUAAAUACACAUUAUUAGAAAUUAAUAAGACCAAAUGAUCAGGCACCCCAAUAAAUGCCAAGAGGCAACAAGUUGACAAUUUCAACAGUUCAAACAACCUCCAAAUUUAGGAAGUGAUCCCAACCUAAGGUUCGUCCCCCCCAUGCCUACACCUUAAACAAUCCAACUGCGGAAUUAACUUUGGAGGAAAUUAAAAAAAAAAAUGCAUAAGGUUUCAUUCCAAUGUAGGGUUUGAAUGGUUAAAAAAGAUAAUAAAAAAUAAUGGGAGUAGUAUAAUAAUUUAUUUUAUUAUAUAUAAGGAAACCAAACCCACAGGUGCUCUCCAAGUGGCAGCAGCCCACGACUUCCAAAUCGGCCCUAGUCCCCAACCACAUUGAGUACAAGAAGAAACCGUCAAAAAACAUGCAAGUUUUUAAAACAAUUCAUUUCUUUAUUAUCUUGUGAAGAGGAAUGAUGGUUGGUUCUCCUAAUCACUUGCACAUAUAAUACUACCUCAAGCUCAAAGACUAUUCUAAAAUUCUACAGGUAUAAUUUGCUUUAUUUAGGUCAAACCGGUUCAGAAAUCAACCAAAUCGAGAUAGAAUCGGAUGGAAGAAAAAAGUUAAAGAGUAAAAUAAAAUUCAAAGUACAUUUCCUCCAACUUGAAUUUCGGUUUCUUCUAUUUUCCCGUAAUUAUCAAAAAAAUUCGUGAAAAUUGAAAUCCGAAUCACAUUUAUAUACAGUUCAAUCCAGUUUGAAUCAAAUAUUCACCCAAUUCGAUUUGAUCCGGCGUGAAGCAACCCAUUUCGAUUUGCAAACCCCUGCUCGCAUUCUAUAGUUGGUAAGGAGGAUUUUUGUUGUGCUCACAAAUUUGUCUCCUUCUGAAUUAUAAUUGAUUAAUAUUCUCAAGGUGAUUGGACCAAGAUAAUAUAUUAGUAAACAUUGAUCGAUGAAGACAAUUUCUUCAAGUCGUUACAAUACUCCAAACGGUCCAAGACAAAGAAGAACCAGUCAUCUAAUGUCUUCUCAUAUUUCCCCUUUUUCUUUCUGAACAAAGAUUCAUACAUAUACCUUCACUUCUCAGGUUCUCUGUGCUACACAAUCAUUCAUGUAAUCAACCAGCUUGCUGCAUUAAUCUUCCUUCAACCAUGAUUACCUCUGCCUUCCUGCCCACAGGGCCGCUCCUCGAAUCUCUGAUCAACCUCUCCAAUGAAGUCACAACAAUGGAGAACAUUCCACCGGUUCAGUCAAAGAACAUCUCCACCAUGAUCAGGAGAAUCAAGCUUCUCUCCUCCCUCUUCGAGGACAUCCAAGACAAUUCCUCCAGAUCCCCUCUCCCUCCGUCGUCGAUCCUCUGCCUCACUGAGCUAUACUCCGUGAUUCGAAAGAUCAAGCUCCUGAUCCAGGAGUGCAGAGAAUCAAGCUCGAUGUGGCAGCUGAUUCGGACCGAAUUCGUGUCGAAUCAGUUCCAUGUCUUGGUCAAGGACAUGGGUCGAGCUCUGGAUAUCCUGCCUCUCAGCCUGCUGAGGUUGAGCCCUGAUACUAGAGAACAGGUGGAGCUUCUCCACCGGCAGGUCAAGAGGCUGGACUUGUUCGUCGAUCCCAAGGAAAUUGAGAGAAAGGAAAGGGUUUGUUCUGUUAUUGCCAAGAAGAAUGACAGGGUUUUCGAUUUCGUGAGGGUCAAGGAUGUUUUCGUCAGCAUCGGGCUGAAAACUGCGGUCGAUUUCGAGGGUGAGAUUUCGAGAUUAGAGGCUGAAGCUCGUAAUCAGGCCGGAACCGGUGGGUUGAUCGUUGUUUCCAACAUUAGAAACCUUGUUUCGCUUCUAACGUACUCGAAAUCAAUGGUUGAACUUGAUGUAGACAGUCGUGGGUUUCCAAAAGAGGAAACUUGUUCCACAAGCCAACAGCAGCGUUCCAGUACUUCAUCAAGAACACUUCAAGACCUUUCAUCCUGUUCUUCCCCACAGUUUCCCGACGAGUUUCGUUGCCCGAUUUCUCUCGACCUGAUGAUCGAUCCGGUGAUCGUGGCCUCUGGCCACACGUACGAUCGAAAUUCGAUCGCACGUUGGAUCAAUUCGGGGCACCAUACCUGCCCCAAGAGCGGGCAGAGGCUAAUUCACAUGGCACUCAUCCCUAACUAUGCUCUCAAGAGCUUGGUCCAUCAAUGGUGCCAGGACAACAACGUUUCGCUGCUCGACGAUCACUCGUCGGAGCAGCCCGAGACGUACCACAACAGCAGCAGCAGCAAGACGAAGACGUCGUCUUCGUCCACUGCUGGUGCGGUGGACCACAUCUCGGUCACGAAAUCGGCAGCCGAAGCAGCGAAAAUGACGGCCGAAUUUCUGGUGGGGAAGCUGGCUAUGGGUUCGACCGAGAUACAGAACCAGGCCGCCUACGAGCUGAGGCUGCUGGCCAAAACCGGGAUGGACAACCGAAGGGUGAUCGCGGAGGCAGGGGCGAUUCCGUUCCUGACGUCGUUACUGAGAUCCAGCGACGCGCGAAUCCAGGAGAACGCCGUCACGGCGCUGCUCAAUUUGUCGAUCUACGACAAUAACAAGGUCCUGAUAACGGCGUCGGGCGGUGCCGUGGACAGCAUCAUAACGGUGCUGGAAACGGGGAAAACGAUGGAAGCCAGGGAGAAUGCCGCGGCGGCGAUAUUCAGCCUGUCGAUGAUUGACGGCUACAAGGUGAGCAUCGGCGGCAGGCCGAGGGCGAUUCCGGCGCUGCUAGGGUUGCUGAAGGAAGGAACCACGGCGGGGAAACGCGACGCGGCGAGUGCGCUGUUUAAUUUGGCGGUGUACAAUGCCAACAAGGCAGGGGUUGUCGGCGGCGGCGCCGUGCCGUUGUUGAUCGAGGCGUUGAUGGAUGAUAAGGCCGGGAUUACGGAUGAUGCGCUGGCGGUUCUGGCAUUGCUUCUGGGUUGCGGUGAGGGGUUGGAACAGAUGAGGAAGAACAGGAUUCUGGUGCCGUUGCUUGUUGAUCUGUUGCGAUUCGGAUCGGCGAAAGGAAAGGAGAAUGCCAUUACCCUGCUGCUGGGAUUGUGUAAAGAUGGUGGUGAAGAAGUGGCCAGAAGGCUGCUGAUGAACCCUAGAAGCAUUCCUUGUCUGCAGAGCUUGUCGAGUGAUGGAUCGUUGAAGGCGCGGCGGAAGGCUGAUGCUUUGCUCAGGUUGUUGAAUCGAUGCUGCUCUCAUUCGCAGCAUUUUGUAAACAUGGGGAAUUGACUUGAUUCUUAGAUGGAGAAACUGUGAAUUUGCUGUAAUCUUAUACAUGUUACCAACUUUCUUUUUUGGUUCUUUUCUGUUGUUACAAAGAUACAGGAAUUGGAUGGACAAAUACAUCAAACAGCUUCAUACAUUGUGAGCUGUAGAAGGUUAAAUAC